GGGAUCAACAUCAUUGAAACAUUGUAGACUGAAAGAUUUUUUAAAUCUUUCUAUUUUUUGCUUAAUUUCGUAAUAUUAAAAAUAAAAUUUAAUCUAUUUAAAGUUCUUAUUUAAAACUUCAAUUGUGCCUUAAAAAAUAUUUUGUAAAUAUUGGAAAUGUCGUCACAUCCCCAUGGAAUGAGAUUUUCACCAUUUGGAGCAGGAUCUGGAAGUAAGAAUAUUCCGAUGCAAACACAACAAAAGCAAAUCAUAAAUCAGAAAAAUGUUGCAAUGCCUCAAACGAAAGUUGCCGAACGUAAAUCAAAGUCAAAUGCAAAUGAAAAUAAAGUUUCUUCAGAUACUGAUGUCACUGAUUUAGAUUUAUUUGACGAUGAGAUUAAUUCUAAACUAUCAAGAGAAGAACGUUAUGUUUUACUUCAACCGCGAGCUGAGCCACAAGGCCAAGAAAAUUAUUCGGGAAAUGUUACGCCAGUUAAUGACACAUCAGCUUUAAACAUUUAUGAGAAAGCUUCAACAACGCCUCCCGUUAACAUGCGUGUUUCAAGUUAUUCGAGUGACAUGCCUCAAAAUCAACAACAUCGCUUCAGCAGUACUUCGAGCAAUCGAAGUAUCUCAGCUGAUAAUCGAAGUCAUCAGGAUAACAGCGGAAGUCAAAGAAAUUCACUUUAUUUGCAACAACACUCAAACAGAAAUUCGAUUGAUCAUCCGCAUUCAAAUCGUUCUUCCUUAGAUAUUUCCCAGUCAUCUUACAACACUUUAAUCAUCCACGAUAAUAAUGAAACACAAUCGCCUUUUGCGACAAACGCGACAAUUCCAGGAAGUUUAAUUAAGAACGAACUUUACUUCAUCAGCUCAUCGCCAUCACCACCAAAUUAUAGUGCAAAGAAAGACAAAGCAACAUCAUCGAAAACAUUUGUAAACUACACUGGUGGACAUUUACAUGGAAAUGAUGGAACUUUAAUGACGCCAAUCACUGAAAAUGAACUCACAUAUUUGAAUCAAAGUUAUGUGUUGAAACAUUUGGCAAAAGAAGUGAAACUUCAUCAUGAUAAUAAUCAAAUGAUGAUGGAAUCGACGAGAAAUUCAGCAGCUUCUGAUAACAACAAUUCAUCAUCAAAUAAUGAUCCAAAUUGGUCGAAUAAUUUGUCAGGUGGAAGGAAUAAAAGUAAAUCUCAACCUGAUCUGACGAAGCUUGGAAGGGCAAAUGAUGUCAGUAAAGAUGUCAGUCCAAGUUCAGUCAACAACAACACAUUAAAUUUCAAUGAUUUAGAGCAAUUGGAAGUUGAAAACACGAAACUUAGAGAACAACUCAACGAAUGUUUAAUGAAAGUUGCAAAGUCACAGAAACUCGAACAAGAAGUUUCAAAUGUUUACAAAGUUUAUGAAGAGUUAGCGCAAUCAUGUGACAGACGCGAGAGACUCGAACGAACAGCACGAACACGAUUGCAAAGUGAUUGUCGUCGAUUUCAAGAACUUAAUCGAGGUUUAAGAGAACAGAUUGAAGUUCUGCAGCAACAACUUUCAGUGUUGACAUUGCAACAACAACAGCAAUUGUCAAACACGGGACGAACCCAACAAGAUCUUCUGUUAACUCAAUUAAUUCAACAGAAUAAAGAAUUAGUCGAUGCUAACAAGCGACAAUAUUUGGAGAUUCAAGCACAAGGCGCGACACUUGAAGAGCAAAGAAUUCACAUCAAUGUUCUUGAUUCAGCUUUGAAGCGGUUGGAAGAAGAAGUUCGACAAAAGCAACUUUAUCAAAAGCAGCUUCAAACACUUCUCGUUGCAAAUGAACGUCGUGAAAAGUUAAGACUUGAGUUGGAAAGUGGCUUAGAACGAAAUCCCGAUAAUGAAAGUGGAAACAUGAAAUGGCAAUAUCGUGGAAAUGAAAAUCAAAAGAUGAGAACGGAAAGUGAACAAGUGACGAAUGCAAGCGACGAUUCUCGACAUCUCAACUUACAACAACAGAAUCACGACAAUGAGCAAAUCAUUUCAGAAGCUCAUUCAGCACAACAAAAAGUGAAUGAACUUCAAACAAGAUUGAAGCUUGUUGAGAAUCGAUUAGCUGAAAAGGAACAAGAAGAUAUUCUAAAGCAGUUGCAGGAACAGAAGUUGUACAAUGUUGGCAAUUCUUAUGGACUUUUGAAUUGCAAUGAUUGUUACAACACGCCGUCGUCAUCAUCGAUUGUAUCUUCAACAGCAACGACGCCUUUAAUCUAUAAUGCAUCGAAAUAUGACAAUUUAAUGCCAUCACCAAGCAGCUCUAAAACAUCAGGCACGUCGAGUUCAUCUUUCGAUGUUUUACUUGCAAAUGGUUACAAAGGACUUUAUCAACCGAACUUUAAUCAAAAAUUACCAACAAUUGCACCGAAUUUAAGUGGAAUUUCUCCAAGUCCUUCGUGUUCUUCAUCGUCGACCAUUCAACAGCAGCAGCAACAACAUCAACAUCAAUUAACUUCAUCAAAUGCUUCAAAUAUUUUAAAAUAUGAUGAAUCGUUGGAUGAACAACGAAAAUCGAUUGACGAUCAAUUGAAAAAAUUGGACAAUCAACUUUUAACUAAGAUUUGCUGUUUUCCCAGCAAUCUCUUAGGCAAGAAAACGAUUUUACCAGAAGAGAUGGCAACACUCACAAGUAACAGCAGUGAAAAUUUUCUUCAGAAUUUAACACAAUUAAGAAUGCAGCAUGAGAGUACGCCAGUUAAUGCGAGUAAGAAUGAAGACAUCAUGCUUUUAGAGAAGCAAGGUCUUUCAUCACAGAAUCUAAGAAGCAACUUAGCACAAGUUUCAUCAACAUUUGGCCAAAACAUGACUGACAUAUCUAACAUUGGGCACACAUCAAAGCUAUCAAGCAUUCUUUUGCCCAAUUUGAAAAGCAGACAGUCAUCAGCCCCACCAUCAGCUUUACCACGUCCACCACGAACAUUAAAACAACCACGAAAAAUUGAAUACGGACGUUUAACUGAAACUUAUCCGAACAAACCAAACAACAGUAAAAUGGAAUAUGGCGUGACACAAACUGGCAGUUUAAAGCGACAUCAAUCGCCAGUUUCAUCUCCAGGCAUGAAAAAUUAUGCCGACUUCAAAGCAGAAAUUCAAAAGGCUUUAAGUCCUAGCAAAACGAACACAAAGAAUUAUGGAACCAUAAAGAACGACCCAACAAGUAACAUAACGAAAAUUUAUUAUUCUAAUAAACCAGAUUACUUAUUGAGUAAGAAUUAUCAGCGCCUUCCUGAAUCACCUCCAUCAAAUGAUGCAAUGAAACAGAUUGAGGGAAGGAAACUCGCUCUCUUAAGACCUUCGCCAUGUCCACAAACACAACAACAACAACAGAAAGCACGCGAAGGUUCCGUUUCAAGCAGUUCAAAUUCACGUUCAAGCUCUAAAAUUCCAGAGGUUUCAUACAAAGCACUUGCACGCUCAAGAACACGAACACCUCCAAAAAACUUGAAUUUGAAUCCUCCGAAACCAGGAAAGAAGAUAAACUUCCUGAGUAGCAGCAACAACAAUUCACCAACUAAACUCAACUUGCCAAGUUCAAGUGUUUUGUAUCAUCAAGCACAUUCACAAAACACUGACAUGGCACAACAUCAUCAAAGAACGAGUAGUGGACAAAGCAACAGUGGAUCUGGGAGUGAGAACAAAUAUCGCAUUCAAUUUUAAGAUAUCGAACACUAACAAUUUUUAGAAAUUUCACAUUUUUAUUGUCCAAUUAUUUAAACGAAGAAAUUAAAAAUAAAUGUGAAAGUC